CAAUCAGCUGUUUUCAACUCAUGCUUUUCUUAACAUAAACAUUUAAAUGCGGUUGUUUAGAACUUUGGAUAAAUUUUGUAAAAUAUUGAAUUAUACCCUUUCCCGGGAUUUUCCAAAACGCGCCAUGGCCUGCAGCAGAUUCGAGUACGUUAAAUCCUUUGAGCAGGACGACAGCAUACUUCCCAAUGUGUGGAUAGUCAUACGAAUAGACGGCAAAAAGUUCCACAAGUUCUCCAAGACGCACGAUUUUGAAAAACCCAACGAUGAAAAUGCUCUCAAUGUGAUGAAUGCUGCUGCCACGGCGGUGAUGCAGGAGUUUCGGGAUAUUGUCGUGGCCUACGGCCAAAGCGAUGAGUACUCCUUUGUUUUUCGCAAAGAGACAGCAGCGUUCAAGCGACGAUCCGCCAAACUGCUCACCUACGUCACCAGUUUGUUCUCCUCGAGCUAUGUGAUGCAAUGGUCCAAGUGGAUGAAUCAGCCAUUGGCAUAUGCUCCCUGUUUCGAUGGCCGCGUAGUUCUGUAUCCUUCGGAGCAGAACUUGAAGGACUAUCUCAGCUGGCGACAGGCCGAUGUGCAUAUCAACAACCUGUACAACACCGCCUUUUGGAAACUGGUUUUGGAAAAAGGUCUGACAAACCAGCAAGCUGAGGCGAAACUUCGUGGAACCUUCUCGGCGGACAAAAACGAGUUGCUGUUCCAGGAAUUCGGCAUAAACUACAACAAUCUACCGGCUAUGUACAGAAAGGGAACGAUCCUGCUUCGAAAGCGAGUGAUAUUGGGCGACAAGAGCAGACAGGCCGUGGUGCCGCUGCACGAGGAUCUGAUAUCUUCGCAGUUCUGGAAAGAACACACCGAGAUAUUGGGAAAAUAUGUGCCUGGCACUUACAACGCACCACAAACAUUGCCGAGAUUGGUGGAGAUGCAACUAAGUGCCAAGCAACUGGACGAUGAGACGGAGGAGCCACAAAAUCUGUUCGGUACCAGCUGAUAUAAUGACUUUUAGGCAUUGUUUUUAAGAUUAAAGUUACGAUACAUCUAAGGAAGUCGUUUUGGACAAUGAGGAUGCGGUGCCCAGGUAGCUGGAGUGAAGCACAAGCGG